AUGUCAGCUUUUCAGAAUAUCACCUCCACUUCCAUCAUUUUCCUGCUCACUGGUGUUCCUGGGCUGGAAGCCUUCCACACCUGGAUCUCCAUUCCCUUCUGCUUCUUCUAUGUAACUGCCCUCUCAGGAAACAGCCUGAUCCUCUUCAUCAUCAUCACUCAGCCCAGCCUGCACGAACCCAUGUACUAUUUCCUCUCCAUGCUGUCCACCACAGACCUUGGCCUGUCCAUAUCCACUCUGAUCACCAUGCUGGGUAUAUUCUGGUUCAAUGUGAGGGAAAUCAGCUUUAAUGCCUGCUUGUCCCAGAUGUUCUUUAUUCAAUUGUUUACUGUCAUGGAAUACUCAGUGCUGUUGGCCAUGGCUUUUGAUCAUUUUGUGGCCAUUACUAAUCCUCUUAGAUAUUCUUCUGUCUUAACUGAUCUUAAAAUAGCACAGAUUGGAGUAGCAAUUAUCACCAGGGGAACACUAACACUGACUCCUAUGGUGGUGCUUCUUACAAGACUGUCCUACUGCCACAGCCAUGUGCUCCACCACUCCUACUGCUUCCACCCUGAUGUGAUGAAGCUCUCGUGCACAGACACCAGGAUCAACAGUGCAGUUGGACUGACUGCUCUAAUUACCACUGCUGGGGUGGAUUCCAUCUUUAUUGUUCUUUCUUAUAUUUUGAUCAUUAAGACUGUUCUCAGCAUUGCUUUCCCAGAAGAAAGGAAGAAAGCCUUCAGCAUAUGUAUCUCCCAUAUUGGGGCUGUUGCUGUAUUUUACAUGCCAUUGAUCAGUCUGUCCUUUGUUCACAGGUUUGGGAAGCGGGCCCCACCCUAUGUGCAUACUCUGAUUGCCAAUGCCUACCUACUAAUACCUCCUGUAAUGAACCCUAUCAUCUAUAGUGUGAAGACCAAACAGAUACGCCAAGCUGUGCUGAAAGUUCUCCAUUCUAGCAUGGCAAAUAACUAG